CUGGCUGCUCGCACGAAGUUCUCUCUCAUCACUCGAAGCGAACGGACGUGCACAGUGCGUGCGUGCGGUGUCGUUGCUGCGUCCGCGCUUACAACGCUUGCUCUUGGGUUUUUUGGGGUGUUAAAUUCUACGUUACGCAAAGGUACAAAGCAGCAGAGUUACUAGCAUCGUAACCACAAACCCGUUUAACCACAACAAACGGGCGAAAGGGCACGCUUUUGUUUCGCCCUUUCGGAAGCAAACCAUCAGAGCGUGUGUGUGCCGAGAGGUGACAGAUAACGUGUGACAAGUGGCCAAGCAGGUAGCGGUGUCGAAGAUUGGUGAGUUCCGGGCAAAGGAGGAAAGCAUCCUGCGCGGUAGUUUGCGGCACUGAUAAGAGAUAUUUCCAGGCCCAGCAUCUGGACGUGCGGUGCGGUUUUUGGGAUGGGAAUUGCGAGAAAGUAAAGGCGCACGGAGAAAAGAAAAAAAUAAGGAAAGGUUGUGAACAGCAAACGAAGAAAACGAAGAAUAAAAUGUUACAACGUUGAUGGUGAAGCAGGAAGAGACCACUCUAGGAGUACUCGAAAACGGCGCAGUAUCAGUGGAGUGUAAUUAGUGUGGCGUUAGUGACGCAAACAAAAAACGGAAGCAUUUCCCAGCAACAUCCCAACCGCAGCCACACACAUGUGCCAGCGAAAUUGCCCGAUUUAAUUCAACAAAAGAAAUUGUGAAACAUAUCAACACACACACACAUCACGCGCAACAGAUGCAUCAUCAAUUGUAAGGAGGAAAACGGCACAUUUUGGCACAGUUUGGUGCUAAUUUUAUGCGACGCAAACUUGACGAAAGGUUCGGUAUUUACUCAGCCAACGAGCCAACAUCAAAGGCUGGUACCGUCCGUGGCGGGCGUUGCCUGAGGCGUACAGCGAUACGGAGCGAUGUGCCGCAGGUGAUCGUACGUUGAUAGAAACGUAACACUCGAUCACUGUCUUCAGCAACAACGCUUCAGGAAUAAUUCUACAGGCGAAGAAGCCGCCUCCAACACAUAUCGUACGGUACAGGCGAUUUACUACAUUUAGCCCGGAAAGCACUGCCUGCAACAACAAAAAUGGCGCUGCUCGGUAGACGGAGAUCGUCCUUCCUGAAGCUGGCCGCCCUGUGCGGUGUCGUAUGGUUUAUGGCCGUGUUUGUGCUCUACUCGGACGAUGCGAAUCGGGCCGGCGGCCCGAGCGGCAGCGGCUCGGCGGCAAGCGGUGGCGGUGCGAUCGAGUACGAGACGCCGCGACGACUGCCGCUGGAAGGCAUACGGAACAAGUUCAACCAGUUUAUGGAGAACGCACGGCUGGAUGCAAAUCGGCCGGAUCCGGCCGUGCCCGAGGUGCCGGACGUGAACUUUGUCGAUCACAACCGGGUGGAGGACGGCGAUGAGGGGGAGGGAGGUGCGGGUGGCGUCGAUCCGGAUCUGGAUGAGCCGCCGGUGGUGAAGACGGUCAAGGAGCUGCCGUCCAAGCCGAGCCGGCCCCAGUCACACUCGCCGCCCGCCAGUGGUAACGGUGUCGCUGGUGCUCUCGCUCUGCCCGGCGUUAUCGCGCCACCGAGCGACGGACCGGGUGAGCUGGGCAAGCCCGUGGUGCUGCCGAAAGAACUAACGCCGGAGGUGAAAAAGCUGGUCGAUGACGGAUGGGCCAAGAAUGCGUUCAACCAGUACGUGGCGGACAUGAUCUCGAUCCGCCGCACGCUGCCCGAUCCGCGCGACGCGUGGUGCAAGGAGCCGGACCGCUACAUGGACGAUCUGCCGCCGACGUCCGUCAUCAUCUGCUUCCACAACGAGGCGUGGUCGGUGCUGCUGCGUACCGUUCACUCGGUGCUCGACCGUUCGCCGGACCAGCUCGUGAAGGAGGUGAUACUGGUCGAUGAUUUCUCCGACAUGCCUCACACCCAGAAGCAGCUGGAGGACUAUUUCCUCGCCUAUCCGAAGGUGAAGAUCGUGCGUGCUGCCAAACGUGAGGGUCUCAUUCGUGCGCGUCUGCUCGGUGCUCGACAUGCCACGGCACCAGUCCUAACAUAUCUUGACUCUCACUGCGAAUGUACUGUCGGAUGGCUGGAGCCGUUGCUUGAUCGUAUCGCACGCAACUCGACGACGGUCGUCUGUCCCGUGAUCGACGUGAUCGAUGACAACACGAUGGAGUAUCACUACCGCGACUCGGGCGGUGUGAAUGUCGGUGGUUUCGAUUGGAACCUGCAGUUCAACUGGCAUGCCGUGCCGGAACGGGAGAAGCGCAAGCACAAGAGCCCAGCGGAACCCGUUUGGUCACCAACGAUGGCGGGCGGUCUGUUUGCGAUCGAUCGUGUAUUUUUCGAGCGGCUCGGCACGUACGAUUCCGGGUUCGACAUCUGGGGCGGUGAAAAUUUGGAGCUCUCCUUCAAGACGUGGAUGUGUGGCGGUUCGCUCGAGAUUGUGCCCUGUUCGCACGUUGGACACAUAUUCCGGAAACGUUCACCGUACAAGUGGCGAACGGGUGUGAAUGUGAUCAAGCGCAACUCGGUCCGGCUGGCGGAGGUGUGGAUGGAUGAGUACGCGCAGUACUACUACCAGCGCAUUGGUAACGAUAAGGGUGAUUACGGUGAUGUAAGCUCGCGCAAGAAGCUGCGCGAAGAGCUUGGCUGCAAGUCGUUCCGGUGGUACCUGGACAACAUCUAUCCGGAGCUGUUCGUGCCCGGCGAUGCGGUUGCUUCGGGCGAGGUAAGAAACAUGGGUUACGGUAACCGAACCUGUCUCGAUGCGCCUGGCGGCAAGCGGAACCUGCGGAAACCGGUCGGACUCUACCCGUGCCACAAUCAGGGUGGCAAUCAAAUUCGGAACCAGUGGUCUAAUCUGUGUAUCGAUUCGGCGGCAAAACCCGAGGACAUGCAUUCGCCGAUGGGCCUCUGGCCCUGCCAUCAGGCCGGCGGUAACCAGGGCUUGUUGGGCGCUCCCGAUCAACACAUGUUCUCCCGUUACUGGAUGCUGAGCAAAACGGGUGAGAUCCGGCGGGAUGAGGCGUGCCUUGACUACGCGGGCGAUGACGUGGUGCUGUACCCGUGCCACGGUUCCCGGGGCAAUCAGUACUGGAACUACUCGGACCAGUCGCACCUGCUCCGUCACGGCUCGUCCGACAGGUGUUUGGCGAUCAACGAGGCGAAGAACAAGCUGAUCAUGCAAGACUGUAAUGCGGCCGUCGAGGCCCAGCGGUGGUCCUUCCAGAACUACGACGCCAGCAAGCUGUGAGGGGCAGGAGAGGCACACUAUUAAGCUCCUUCGGCGCUGUCACCGAAGUCCUCAAUAGAAAGGUGGGGAGAGAGAAGAAGAACUUCCGGUUCCUCAGCAACUAUCAAGCACUAUUGCCAGCAACUUGGAGCUAUCUCAGGAGCUAAUUUCAGGAUUUGCACCAUGAGUCUGACACAGGACUCUCUCUCUCUCUCCUUCCAAACCAUGGACCUAGUUCCAGGGAAACCACACACAGACAACACACGCAGCAUUCCUUUCUUCGUAUGCUUCCUUCAAUCAAUUCCAACCACAUUUACAAUCCCGGGGUCGGGUCGUCGCGACGAGCGAAUCAGCGAAGGAGCGUUUAGGAUUGAUUUUUAAUUAAUGUGAUGUUUUUUUUUAUAAAUAACUAUGUUAGGGCAAAACAUUGCGGGAUAGAAGCAUAAAAGUCCGUGCUCAACUUGCCAAGUUUGUGCGAGGAAAAAAACCCGUUCUAAAGGGCAACGCGUGUGAGUGAAAAUGAGUUUUUUUUCUUCUUUCUGUUGUACAUAUUUAAGUAGCAUCGAUGGAUCGCGGCAGCAUCGAAAGCCGACUUGAAAGACUUUUAUUCCAAGUAAAGCAAGGCACUUUGCACUUGUUUUGUGUGCGUUUCUGUUUGUUUUUUUUUUGUGUAAUUGUUUUAGGUACUUUUGCUGAUUUUGCAUUCUGCAAUAAUUUUCUUCCACUAUCGUAUAGUUGUUAGGCUUUUAGUUUGUAGUGAUUCUAGAGUGAAUUCCCCGCUCGGAUACGUUUUAUUUAAUGUAUAACCUAAUUUGUUUCCUUUUUUUGUUUGUUUGUUAGUUAGCAGAAACACUUGCAUGUGACUACAAAAUUUAAAGAAAAAAAAAAA